AUGACCUGCUCCGCGGAGCCCGACGCUCCGCCCGGGAGGAGCGGCCCGGGCCCCAGGGGCGGGGCGGGUGGCAAGAUCACACCCGGCGUCGAGACCUGCCCAUUCUCGGACAAGAUGGCGCUGGCUUCGGGAGUGCGCGUUCCUGCGCGCGCCCUGCUCCGUCCGUGGGCGCUGCUCUGGGGCACGACCCUUGGGCGCAGAGAGCCGGCGGCCGGCGGCGGCGGCGGGGACGGCGAGCGGCGCUUCGGGAGCCAGCGGGUGCUGGUGGAGCCGGACGCGGCCGCAGGGGUAGCCGUGAUGAAGUUCAGGAAUCCCCCCGUGAACUCCCUCAGCCUGGAGCUGCUGACGGAGCUGGUCAUCAGCCUGGAGAAGCUGGAGAACGACAAGACCUUCCGUGGCGUCAUCCUAACUUCCGACUGCCCCAGGGUCUUCUCCGCUGGCCUGGACCUGACAGAGAUGUGCGGGAGGAACCCGGCCCACUAUGCUGAGUACUGGAAGGCCGUGCAGGAGCUGUGGCUGCGGACGUACCUGUCCAGCCUGGUGCUGGUUGCCGCCAUCAACGGAGCCUGCCCCGCGGGGGGCUGUGUCAUUGCCCUCGCCUGUGACUGCCGGGUUCUGGCUGACAACCCCAAGUACCACAUAGGGCUGAACGAGACCCUGCUGGGCAUCAUCGCCCCCUUCUGGAUCAAAGACGCCUAUGUAAACACCAUUGGGCACCGCACCGCGGAGAAGGCCCUGCAGCUGGGAUUGCUCUUCCCGCCAGCAGAGGCUCUCCAGGUGGGCCUGGUGGACCAGGUGGCGCCAGAGGGCCAGGUACUGAGCACGGCACUCUCCGAGAUGGCCCGGUGGCUGGCCAUUCCAGAUCACGCACGCCAGCUGACCAAGAACAUGAUGCGAAAGGCCACAGCAGACCGCCUCCUGAGGCAGCGCGACGCCGACAUCCAGAACUUCGUCAGCUUCAUCUGCAGAGACUCCAUCCAGAAGUCACUGCAGGUGUACUUGGAGAAGCUCCGACAGAGGAAAGGCUGA